CGCGCAGCGGGCGCGGGGCAGGGCGAAGGGGAGCGCUGAGGAGCGGCAGCAGUUCCCGCUCAGCCGCCGCCAUGGGCCGGGUGUUCGCGCUCUCCCUCGCCUUCGUCUCUCUCACCGCCCUCUGCCUGUCCUGCCUCUCUGGGCUGGCCGCGGGGAAUAACGACGCCGGGACCGCUGGCACCUGUGGAAACUUUACUGACUGCCAUUCAUGUACUGGAGCGGAAAAGGCUUGCAAGUGGAUCGUAUGUGAAAAUGAGACUCAUGAGAUGUGUGUAAGUGCAGUAGAAGACAACUGUACAUCUAUAGAGCAGUGCUCCUCUCCUACAAAUGCUUCUCUUACCAAUACUACUGCUACGCUGCCUUCCAGUGCUACUACACUGCCUUCCAAUAGAACCACCCCGUCUUCCAAUACUACAGGCACUCCUGCUACCACAGCCCCUACUACUAUAGCUAAUGUCACCAAUGCAACCACACAUGCUCCUCUACCUACAACUGUCAUUCCUUCAGCUAUCCCAGCAUCCACUAUUCCAGGUACAAAUACUACCGCAACUCCUGCACCUUCUUCACGCAAGUCUACGUUUGAUGCUGCAAGUUUCAUAGGUGGAAUUGUCCUUGUGCUGGGUCUACAGGCUGUUAUUUUCUUCCUCUACAAAUUCUGCAAGUCGAAAGACCGAAACUACCACACGCUUUAGGACUUGCCACUCAACCAUGGACUGGUAGCUCAACACCUGUAGUUCACUGAACCAAAAUAUUUUCUGUUGCUCACGGAAGACAGCAGUUCUUACCACCCUUUAAAUCUCUAAAAGAAGACUUCAAAAGAAUAUUUUUGCAACAUUAUACUUGGCAAGAGGUGAUCUGAAUUUCUUCAACAGGAUGACUUGCAAUACGCUGCAUGGGUUCUAAUGGCUGUCUUAUUUUCCUGUAGUGGCUGCUGCUGUGGGACUUUUUUUUUGAUAUGCCAAAUGUAGACGUUCAGAGAUGAUUCAGUAGCAACACUGUCUUGAGUAGACAAUCUCAUGAUGACUUGUUGUGAUGGCGAAUUUAAUCAACAUUUGGUACAGUAUCCCUUCAGUUUUAUCAAGAUGUGAAUUAUUGGUGUCUGACUUCAGGGAGUGAAAUAACCAUUUGUACUAGUUUAUGGCUGUGCUAGAAAGGUGAAUGGAAUUGUAGUAGGUAGUAUCUUCACAGAAUAACAUAACCCCUGAUUUUUUUUUACAUGAGAAUAAAGGUUGCCUGACAAAAAAACUGCAUUCCAAACAGAGGUCCUAUACCCUUUCCAAUUAAUAUUGAGGGUGGAGAGGGGAUGUGUAGGGAUUAUCCUCUUAAGGGGAAAUGAAGAUUAGUGCCUUAAAAAGACUGAAAUUCAGUAGGCUGCAGAAGUGUCCCACCCAUCUCAGAUCACUAAGACCAUUAACUACAAGCUUUAUGUAGGAAAAUGGAAUACAUGUGGCUUGAGCAUUCCAGUUUAAAAACUAUUUACUUUUUACUCUAAUUGUCCCUUGUUGAACUUGUUUGAGGGUGAAGGAGCAUGGUACAGUAAUGCUGAGCUACAAAGAGAAGCUUUAAGUUGUUUACCUCUUUGCUCUGACUUACAGAGACCAAUCAUAGAAAUAGUGAUAAAAUUCAGUUCACUCCCUAUCUGAAAAGGCAACAACUUAUAUUUAUACUUGAAAUAUUGGUGUUUAGGGGAGCCUGAAGUCUUUCUUAUUCAAAUAGUUUUUGAACUCAUUGCAAUUCUUUUCAGGGUUUUGGUUGCUGGUUUUGUUUUUUUUUUUUUGCCCUCUGGUAUAUCUGCUUUGGGAAGGAGCAGUUAAGAGUGGUUCAGAGGAUCUACUGAUUUGAUCCUAGUCAGAAUUGCUGUAGUUCUGGGGCUGACAGGGCUGCAUCCUUUUUUCUUUCCCUUCCUGGCAUCAGAUGUAUAGCACCCUGCAGUGAUUUAGUUGUUUUUUUUUUUCCCUUGGCUGGAUCAGCCAUGUGAUCUGAGCAUCAAAGGUACGCCAUCUCCCAUGCAGACUGACUCCUGUAGAAAUAAACCCACAGGGAAAACUCAAGUGGUGGGUGUAGCACGUAGUCAAUAGCUUUGGAUGCUAUCCCUUGAUCAUCUAUUUCAGGGUAAUCUGUAGUACUGUCUUGCUAGCUCUGAGUGAACUGGAAUUUGGCACCCGAUACCAGAUGAUAGUGUUAAAGCAGAGACAGUCACGGUGGUGGAACUUGGGUAGGAAGCAAAUUUAAGUGCACUUCAGUUGGAGACUUAAAGCUCUGUGUUGCUUUCUGGUGUUCCUCUAGUUUCAAUGGCAUUGUUUCUAUUGUGCUGCACAGGAAACUCAAAUUGCUGCAAAAUACAGGAGUUACUUGCCAGUACUGUAUCUUUCUGUUUAUUAGCUUUUGGUUUUCUAAACACAACUUAAGACAAUCAGCUCAGGUUUAUUACAACGGCAGAGUGAGCAGCCAGUUUCCAGCAAAAGCAUGUGUGUGGGUUAGAUGCUAUAUCCUUGGCCUUAUUGUGUAAUCACUUCAAUCUGUCUUUUCCCUCAGAGCUAUUUUCUUAAAUUUGUGUAAAAAAGAUAUCCAUGAGCUUGUAUUCUGUGCUUUGAAGUGAGCAAAAUACUCUCCUGAAGUGUGACUCAGCAAAGCAAACUGUAUGCCUGGUAUAUAAUUUUUUGGCCUCUAAGGGCUAUCUUUUGGGAAACUCACAGACAAGUGCUACAAAACACUUCACAGCAUAGAAGAUAUUGCCACAGAAAAGUUGCUCUGUAAAAUGUUGCUAAAAUGCUUAUUCAUGAGCUGUGCUGAUCCUCAUUUAGGUUGCUGAUGAAGUAUGCUGGUAAAGCAAACUGAAAAAUGUUUAAAGUGCCUUAAAGUUGCUUAAUCUUUGGCCUCAGAUUUUGUUUGAAAGGGUAGAAAGGAUACCUUGCCUUAGUUACUAAAUUUUUCUUAGUGCCAGCAAUUGCUACUUUCCAAGACUCUAGGAAACCCAGGAUCUGACACAGGCAGAUGCCAGUCUGAAACACUCAAGCUUGUACUCUGUCAGUUCAGUUCUGUCCUGGAAGGCCUGCACUAUGCACUGCUUGCUCGUUAUCCUUGCCAAAAAGGUACAGUCCACAGUUUACAGAGUCGUGGUUUGGGUUGUUCCCCUUUCAGUUGUUUGGGAGGAGGGGAGGCUGGGUUAUACAUCUUCACCAUGUGCUUGGCUGCCUCACUAGAGAAAUUAAUUACUCCUUUGAAAUGGCAGUUUCAGAUGAUCUGUGCUGUGUGCUAGCAAAACAACAAAAACCUGAAGUAACAACUUGCAGUUUUUCUUGGCCUUGUGUUUUGAAAUGGAGGGUAGCUCUUAGGUCUGUUGUGUGUGUUUGCCCCCAGAUCAGUUUUAGGCACUGGACUGUAGUGACUCACAGUUACCUGGCUUUUUCUUGAAGCCAAUUUGUGCAAAUAUGGAGCUGUUAUCUUAUGAAUGUUCUCUGCAAGUGUUGCUGUAAAAGUUUGUAUUUUGUCUUCAAUGAAAGAAAACUGAAACAGUUGUAAUUGCAAAACCAAAUGAUAAAUAAAAUCUGUUGGAUGGGA